AUGUGGAAUGAGAUUAGGGGUAACGCAAGACAUAAGCUUUCCUCUCUUGGCGGCAAAACCUUACUCGACAAACGCGACCAAGCACAAACCGAAUACGACCACAUCCGCAAGCGCCUCAUGCUCGAGCCCCGCGGCCACGAUGACAUGUACGGAGCGAUCAUCGUCCCCGAAACGGAGCUCGUCGAGUCCGGCCACGCGCACAUCGGAGUUCUGUUCACUCAUAACGGAGGGUUUUCGACCAUGUGCGGACAUGCUACUAUCGCGCUGGAACGGUCCCUUGUGGACACGCAUGAUCUGAGUGUGUUUCCGAGGCGGGGCGACUUGGUAUUUGAUGAUGUUGAGAAGACGGUGGCGCUAAAUAUCCAUGCGCCGUGUGGGCUUGCUCGGGUGACAGUGCCUGCGACGGAGGAUGGGAGGAAAUCGGAUCCUUCUCGGCCAGUGGCGUUUCUGUCUACACCGGCGUAUGCGGCGGGCAUCGAUCUCGAUAUUGAGAUUCCGGCGGAAAUUAGGUGGCCGGAACUGGGUGAGCGGGAAACUAUCAAGGUGGAUAUUUCAUAUGGAGGGACGUUCUAUGUUCUUGUAAACGCGGAGGAGUUGGGAUUUGAGAAAGGGCUAGAAAGUGUGGACCUGAUAUCUGUGGCGCAUGCAGUAGGAAAGUUGAAGCCGUACUUGUCGAGGCAUCGUGAUGUGGUUGAAGCGUUACAGAAUGCCGAGGACAGGAGGCUGUCGUUCUUGUAUUCCGUCAUGGUUACUGAUCAGGCUGUGGGAUCGAGGCCUGAUGGUGUUGAUGGCGCAGAGACGGGAUUGUGUUUAUUUGCGGACAACCAGAUUGAUAGGUCGCCCACUGGGUCGUGUGUCACGGCGCGGAUGGCGUUGGCGCACGCGAAGGGGGUGAGGCCGGUAGAUCAGCGCUGGGCGUACAAUUCUCUGGUUUCCAACUUUUUCGACAACGGCGCUUUUGUGGCUACUAUUGUCGAUAAAGACGCUACGGUGAGGAAGCAUGAUGGCGGUGUUCAGUCGGCUGUUGUGGUGCGCGUUGAGGGGUUCGCUUAUUAUACUGGAUCAUGCAAUUUCAUUGUCGAGGGGGGUGAUCUUACAAGUGAGGCUGCGUUUCGUAUGAAAACUGUUGCGAAGGGGAAGUCUGCAUGA